AAACUUCAACCUCUUCAUCCCGCAAAUUUCUCCAACGCCCCACCGUUCCCUCAGCGGCUUUCCAGGCACGCUAUCUUUUUUUUCUGCUGGGCUAUUUUCUCAGGUACGAUAAAAACCACAGGGCCGUUUUUUUAUCAGCAUUUGCCCCUCGGCGCAAUCGCUGGCCACGCUUCCACCUUCUUCCACCGUCACCACCAGCGUUUCGCAACGUAAUCCCUUCAACCUCGUUUCUCCAAACUGGGCACGAUAGCACAAGUUUGCUAUUUUUCUUCUUCUUUUCUCUUCGCUGCCUAGAAGUUUCCACGGGCGCUCGGUUGCUGCGGACUCUUCUAUUAGCUCUGACUAAUCACUCUUCCACAGAGCCUCUUUUUUAUCGUCGAACGCUUGCCGUCGGUUUCUUUUCUUUUUGGCGCAAACAAAAAUCAAUUUCUUUGAUAUUCUAUAAUCCGACAUCAUGGUGAAGGAGACAGGACUUUAUGACACCCUUGGUGUCGCUCCCACAGCUACGGAGCAGGAGUUGAAGAAGGCUUACAAGAUUGGUGCCUUGAAGCACCACCCUGACAAGAAUGCACACAACCCCGCUGCGGAAGAAAAGUUCAAGGAGAUCUCGCACGCCUAUGAGAUCCUUUCCGAUCCUCAGAAGCGACAGAUCUACGAUCAAUAUGGUGAGGCUGGUCUAGAGGGCGGUGCAGGUGGCGCGGGUGGCAUGGCUGCUGAGGAUCUGUUUGCUCAGUUCUUUGGCGGUGGCGGCUUCGGCGGCAUGGGAGGCAUGUUCGGUGGUAUGCAGAACCGUGGUCCUCCCAAGGCUCGCACCAUUCACCACACCCACAAGGUCUCCCUCGAGGACAUCUACCGAGGCAAGAUUUCCAAGCUGGCCCUGCAGCGAUCCAUCAUCUGCCCCAAGUGCGACGGUCUCGGAGGAAAGGAUGGUGCCGUCCGCAAGUGUACAGGCUGUAACGGAGCCGGUAUGAAGACCAUGAUGCGCCAGAUGGGUCCCAUGAUCCAGCGCUUCCAGACCGUUUGCCCCGACUGCAAUGGUGAAGGAGAAAUCAUCAAGGAUAAGGACCGCUGCAAGCAGUGCAACGGCAAGAAGACCACAGUUGACCGAAAGGUCCUCCACGUCCACGUCGACAGGGGUGUCAGAAGCGGCACCAAGGUCGAGUUCCGCGGCGAAGGUGACCAGGCUCCCGGCGUCCAGGCCGGUGACGUUGUUUUCGAGAUUGAGCAGAAGCCCCACGCACGCUUCACUCGCAAGGAGGACGAUCUUCUCUACCGAUGCGAAAUUGAGCUGGUCACUGCCCUUGCUGGUGGUACCAUCUACGUCGAGCACCUAGAUGACCGAUGGCUCAGCAUUGACAUCCUGCCCGGAGAGGCUAUUGCACCUGACUCUGUCAAGAUGGUCCGCGGUCAGGGUAUGCCCUCAUACAGACACCACGACUAUGGUAACCUCUACAUCCGCUUCGAUGUCAAGUUCCCCGAAAAGAACUGGACCGACGAUGCCGAGGCUUUCGAGACUCUCCGCAAGAUCCUGCCACCCCCUACAUCACAGCCUGCUGCCCCUGCUGAGGCCAUGACGGAGCCUGCUGAUUUGGAAGACUUGGAUACCAAGGCUCAGACCAAGGUCUUCGGAGACCCUAACUCCAUGGGAGAGGACGAGGACGAGGAUGGCCACCCUGGCGGCGAGCGCGUCCAGUGCGCGUCGCAGUAAAGCAGAGCCGAUAUAUACCUAUAUAUAACUUGGGGCUAAAAAUAGAAAAGGAGAGCGGACCAUGGAUGCACGCUGACGCCAUGAGGCAUUGGACGCCCCUCUUUCCAGAGGCAGCAAGCGUGUGAAGCAGGCGGAGGAUACUGUUUGGUUUCAUUGGGAAAUUGACUACUUGACGUCAUUUCAUUCUCUACCGCAGCACAUGGGUUUUUUU